GUCGGUUCUUCUACCGGCUCUUCGCAACAUUGAGAUAACUAGAUAAGCCUUGUUCAAGUCUUGUGGCGGUGGUAAGAUGGUACCCGGUCCAGGGUACCACCCACUUCCGAAACUCUACACGGCACGCGAGCGGAUCCUCGACAUCAGUCAGACUCAGUCAUGAGGUGGAUGGUCCACAGUUCACUUCCGCUGAAAGAAGCUUCUUUCUCGGCAGAGCAUCGCCUUCUGUAAUCGUGAGAUAUUCUGUCAAUGUCAAGGUGAAAUCGGUAGAUAGUGUUACUACAAUCUUGUGCGCUGUGUUUUAUUCUUCCGGAUUUUAUAUGUACUUUCGUAAGCUGGACUAUGCUCCUGAGGAUCAAUCUAAAACAAUCCGGAGGCGGGAAGCCGGAGAAAUCGAUAUCAACGAAAGCGGAAGUGGUAGAUUUGCAGGAAGUUCGAUAGCUUGAUCCCAGAAGCCGAAAAAGGUUCAAAAGAACAUCAGGAUGUCAUGCUGUGAUGAAGGUUUCCGAUUGGUAGGGACGCCUUCUGUGUGUUCCAUGAGAAGUAAGGCUCAAAUUGAUGCUCUUUUUGAUGAGCUGAGGUCCAUCUGUAGUUCCACCCCCGGAGGAUGGCAUCAUGCGAUGAUGUCCGCCGGGGUUGUUCCGGAUUCCUCGGAUCUCAGUUCCGAGGAACAAAUGAAGAUCAACAACGCCGUCCAGGCUCGAAUCGAAGCAAUGUUCGCUUCUGUGGAGGCCGAAAGCGGAACACCUGGAGAAUGCGCUGCAGCGAUUUUACCGGUAAAAUACAUGGGAGCAGCUCCUGUGGGGGGUCGAGUGGCAAGUGUUCGAGGUCUUCAGGAACCACUUCGCCAAUUAUUGGAACGAAUGGUCGAAACGACCGACGCAGAAUUAGAGGUUUCCCGAAGAGGAUUGACUUAUCGAUUUUCGGAAACAUGUGAGAAAAAUAAUCCCUUCAGGCGAAUUGCUGUUUGGAGUGCGUUGAGACUACGAUCGAAGAAGACAGCAAACGGCUUUCAUCACGCCUUCAUGCCGCUGGUCGGCGAUGAUUCAAAUUUGGGAGGUGAAGAGAAGCACUCUGACCUUUACCGGACCAUGCGUGGUUUGAGUAACGAGGUCGAAUGUUAUCCCCCAAUUUUUGCGGUUGUAAUGAGACGACCUGGGGUCGCCAGGCUUCUUGAGUGCCACGCCUUUGCUUGUCAAACUGAAGAAGAUGCCGUGGCAGCAGCUGCCACGCUGUACCGAGCACUAGUUGCUGAUUUGGAUGCCAACAGGAGAAGACCCCGACACACGAACGGAGUUGGUUGUGUAUCUCUUGCAUCUGUAAUUUCGAGCGCCAGAGAACCAAGUUUAUCAAGUAAAAUUAUGAGUGGACGUCAUUCACCACCUCCGCGACCCAAGGCUCCGCAUCCGGUUAGGCCACCCAGGUCGAAAAAAAGUUCGGUAUCCAGCGCCACUGAAGAAGAAACCCAAAAACCAAGCGUCCUCGAAAAAGCACCUCGAAGAAAGAAGAGGGUCACUGAAAUAGAUCCUGAAGAUGUUUUAGAAGCCAGGAAUCGAAAGUACUCAUCAACAUCCAAGGACUCAGAUAUCGUGACCAUAAAAAAUGAGAAACGACGGGAUUCUACAAAUGUGGAAACACAGCUAAACGAAGAAAGGAUGAACAAUAGAAAUAAAAUGUAUGGAAUAAAAUCAGCAAAUUCCGAACAGGGGAUCGAACUUGAAAUACCUAGAGGUCAAGUUGAGAUAAUUUACGAUCAGGGAGGAGAAAAUCACUAUAGUCGGAAGUGCAAUGACUAUGAGAGAUUGCCUCUUAAAAGCAAGAAUUAUGAUAUCGUCGAUAAUUCACAAAAGAGAUGCCGUCGUGACAAAAAUGAAAGUGUAUGCAAUGAAGACACUUCUGGGACAGAGGAGAGGAUUUAUGAGAAGAAUCAAGGAUUUUAUGAUCUUAAUCGAUCAGCAGCUAAGAAUUGUCAGAAGAUUGGCCAAAGGGGUAAAUACACAGCAGCCCAAGAUUCGGCUCAGCUUUACAAAGUCUCAGAGAAGAAAGAUUUAGAAAAGAAAGAUCCAGAGUAUAAAAGUCGAGAGAACUCUAUUUACGAGAAGCUGCCUAGAAGCAGAGGAUGUAGUCGAGAUAGACCCCACGAGGAACACCUGAGGGAUGCUGAUAAGAUCUACAGCCUGGGUCAGGAAGAGAUCUACACUCCCAGGAAGUCAGCAAAGAAUGAUAAGAAUCAGACGCAAGGAAACUCACCCAUCAACAGGAACGCGAAUAACAUUCCCCAAAAAGAAAACCGGAGUCAAAGGGACAGAAAUACUGAUGAAAGUAUCUACCUGAGUCGACAAGGUAGCCGAAUUUCUACUCUUGAUAAGCCUGUCAAGAAGCAACUGCAAGAUAUCAAUUCUAACCUUCCUCAAUGUUGCCAGCGAACUAGACGAAGAAGCAGAGCGGGAAGUGAACCUCCAGUCAGCAAGUCUGAAGAUGCCUUGAAAGAUCUGCAAGAAAUAAAAUUAAAAAGAUCCCAAAGUGACAUAGAUGUGGAUAAAGGUGACUUGAUGACCCGGGUGGAACUCCCAAGAAGAGGAAGUUUCCUCAAACCAGGAACGAUCAGAAAACCAAACACCAUGCCAGGUGGAACCCCGUUAGGAUUUACAGAAUUAUUCGAUGAAUUUCGAAAUCAAGAAGGGCUGACGAGUGUUGAUGAUAUUCUAGCAGCUAUAAUCGAUCCAGAGGGAAUGUCUUUUAACGACUUGAAGCCACUCUACAAAGAGUUUCUCUUGAAACUCGCAUCCACCUUGACCCAGGAUGAGCUGUACCAAAGGUCAGCCAGUAUAAUGAGAAGGCGUCGGCGUCCCCAGAGGCGUCGAUCGACCAGUCGACCUUCCCUCCUGGGUCGGGCGAUCAAAAGGUCAGUUUCGAGACUCAAAGGCGGUCCCACGGAAUUCACUUCGGUCAUUUUUCCGGCUCGCAAAUUGAAUGACAGUUUUGGAAGCAGCUCGUCCUGUGAUGUCAGGAAUAAUAACAGAAAUCGGGUUCUCGCGAGCAGGCUGAGCAGAAGAAGAUCGUCUUGGCGAAGAAGCAAGGGCGGAGUUGGCCAAACCACUUCUGAAGACAGUGAUACUUGCAGACGAUGGAGUCGCAACGUAGGGGCAAAUAGAAGCAGCAGCGGGUACGUGAGCUGCAGUGAAUGCAGCUACGAUUCGGAAACUUGUACCUGUGUCUCAGCAGACAAAUGUUACUGCUCUCUACCUCGCAAGGAUCCCGUUCCCAAAACACUCGUUUGCUCUUGCGAUACAGACAGUUGCUCUGAAAGCAACAAGUGUUAUUGUCCCAGUCGUACUGUUCAGCCAACGAUUUUAGAGCAGUUGAGACAACGAGGAAUCGUCCCAUCAGAGAGCACUAUCAGUCGAGGUGGAAGUUCUGACAGAGCAAAGACAUCCAGAACGAGCAGAAGUCUUGCUUCUUCAAAAAGCCUCGAGUUUCUCAAGAUAAGACCCUCCCCAAAUCGAGGAAGUUCUGACAAUCUCGCUCUCGACUACGAACUCUUCAGUCCAGGAAGAAAGUCCCAAAACUCUUCGGGCAGCGAAAAAGUGUUGGUAGUCAGUGCGAGAGAUCUCCAUGGAAAUUUGGUGUACGUGGGAGGCACAGAACGGCAUAAAAAAUCAGCCAAAGCUUGCCAGAGUAAAGCCAGUUUACACCACGAGGCACUCUCGAUCAAGAAAAGUGCAGAAAUCGCUGCAGUUUUCGGUGGAUGUGGUGCUCGAAGUGGCAGAAGAUCCAGCAAUGCUUCCAGUGUGCGAAGCUCGGUGAGCUUGGAAGCUGGAUUAGGAUAUUUACCAUAAUGCAGAAACUAAUCUGAAUCAAAAAAACGGGUAAAUGAUGCUCAGAAUUAACUCAUAGGUUUAAAAAUCAGAUAGGAUAUUCCAAAGGGCAUUGGAAACAAAUUUGAGAGAUUGUCAAUGUCCAGCGACAUAGAGUAGAAAUAUACCGACUUUAAAGUAACUAUUGAUCUUGCUGUUAGUGAGACUUUGUAUACCUCUAAAGAACAAUGUAAAAGAUAAUUUAAUAACUGUUAUUUUUUUCUAUUUUGUUGUCAACACUACUGCGUUUACCUGCUACGUUGAACCUGAUUAGUGAAAAUGUAAAGUACCUUAGGGGCCGUGCAAUAGUUUAUAAAAAUAGAAAGUAAACCGAAUACGAGGUAUUUGCCGCAACUCAGUGCGAACAAUCAAGUUAUUAAAAAUAUAUUUACAUGUUAUAUUUAUAAUUCAGGUACAUCAUGUUUUCAACUGCUUAUAAACUCUUCAUCCAUUUUGUGAAACUUGUCUUUGUAUUCCUCAGGCACUUCAAUCUCUUUUAAAUUGUCGACUCCUAUUUCCUCCUCCGUCCUGAUUAAAACAAUGUUCGUUAAAAAUAUCAAUAAAUUAUUUAUCACGGUUAUUAUACGCCCAUCAAGUUAGUUUACCUGAUUAAAAUGUCAACGAGGUUCUCACAGGCAAGUAAGACAACUUUGUCUUUUUCCCAUUUAUGUAACUCUCUGAGUAUGACAUACGCAUUCUUUUCUCUGAGAUACUCACGUCCUUUUUUUGAUGCACACAAUUGCGUCAAAGAUUCCAGUAACAUUAAUCUGACGGGAAAAUAGGAAUAAGAGUAUCAAGGACCAACUAGGCAAUAAGUAUUUUUUCGACUUGCGUAAAAAAAUGUCGAGGAAGUUAUAUGUAUUUGAAUUUUGU